CGGACCCCUGCUGGACGCGGCGAACGGUACCCCCAUUCGCACAUAUGGAAUGAGCUACUCAGCCUAAGGGGGAGUAAGGGUGUGAAAGAAUCCUACAGACAGUCAACAACCAAACAUGAGGUCAGGAGUGGCCAUGCCAUUUGGCUGUUUAACAAUUGGAGAAAAGAAGGAUUACCACAGUCCUUCAGACGUGACAGAUAAAUAUGACCUGGGUCAGAUCGUUAAAUCGGAAGAGUUCUGUGAGAUAUUCAGGGCCAAGGACAGAACUACAAUGAAGAUGUACACGUGUAAAAAGUUCCUGAAAAAGGACGGGAGGAAAGUCCGUAAGGCUGCAAAAAACGAGAUUGCCAUCUUGAAGAUGGUGAAGCAUCCCAAUAUUCUCCAACUGGUGGAUGUCUUUGAGACCAAAAAAGAAUACUUCCUCUUCCUUGAACUUGCAACAGGCAGAGAGGUGUUUGACUGGAUCCUGGAUCAAGGUUACUACUCAGAGCGGGACACCAGCAAUGUGGUGCGCCAAGUGUUGGAGGCUGUGGCCUACCUCCACUCACUGCAUAUCGUUCACAGAAAUCUCAAGUUGGAGAAUUUGGUUUACUACAACCGCCUGAAGAACUCAAAAAUAGUCAUCAGUGACUUCCAUCUUGCCAAGCUGGAGAACGGACUAAUCAAAGAACCCUGUGGGACACCAGAGUAUCUGGCUCCAGAGGUAGUUGGCAGACAGCGAUACGGCAGACCCGUGGACUGCUGGGCAACAGGUGUCAUCACGUAUAUUUUGCUGUCAGGCAACCCUCCUUUCUACGAUGAAACUGAUGAUGAUGAUUAUGAAAACCAUGACAAGAACUUGUUCAGAAAGAUCCUAGCAGGAGAUUAUGAGUUUGACUCUCCGUACUGGGAUGACAUCUCCGAUUCAGCUAAGAGUCUGGUUGCACGUUUGAUGGAGGUGGAUCAAGACCAGAGACUGACAGCCCAGGAGGCUAUAAACCAUGAAUGGAUCUCUGGUGGUGCAGCCUCAGAUAAGAACAUCAAGGAAAAUGUGUGUGCACAAAUAGAAAAGAACUUUGCCAGAGCUAAAUGGAAGAAAGCUGUUCGGGUCACCACUAUCAUGAAGAGACUGAGAGCACCUGAGCACAGUGACACAAAGGCGACAAACCCCGCAGCUGGCACCCCAGCAGACUCCACAGCCCCCCAGGCUGCCACCGACCCUCCUGCACCUACAUCUGCCACAGUGCCUGAGGGUUCAACCGCUCCAGUCACAGAGCUCCCCGCCGGAGUGGAGAAAAGUCAGCUGGCACCGGAGGCCUCGGCUGGGGUGGCGGCCUCAGCCGAAGACCAGCAGCAGCCCAGCCCGGCUCCACAGGGGGAAGAGCCCACAUCGCGUUGCAACGGUGAAGCUUCAGCUGCUCUUCACACACCUGCCGAGGCUGGUGAUGAGCAGGGUUAAAAGCAACCUCCCACCUCCCCCCUCCCCUGUUUGACUUCUGCAGUCCCCGCCAACUCCUGCACACUGUACAUUAGCUGCUAGCAUGGUGACACUGACUCUGCUUCUCUUUCACUCGCAGCAUUAGUAUCAUCUCAUGGAAGCUGUGUGCUACCUUUCCUGAGCCUGACUGCUGCGUUGCCUUGGCUUUUUUUUUUUUUAACCAUGUAUGAUGCUUUCUUUUUUUUUUUUUUAUUUCCCGACUCUCCAGUGAGCAUCAAAUAAUAUAAACAACAACUUCCCAGUCUUUAGUUUUAGGGGUAAAACAAUUUGCUGUCAAGCUAGGGCUUACAGCUAAUGUUUUCUUUCUACUUCUUCUCAGUGAUAAGAGAAUAAUGGAAGACAUUAUUGUGCUGAAAGCAGCUUUGAUUCCUUUUUAAUGAGCCAACUUGGGAAACCUCUCCCAAUUCCAGUAUUUGUUCAGAGCAUCAGUAGAAAAGUUUUACUGCUGAAAUGUUUUACCAUGCACCUUAACAUUUGCACCUGAAGAAGACAACAUGUAUUUCUUUCACUUGGCACAUAUGAAUAUCUUUACGACCUGUUAAAUUCUCCACUAACCAGUUAAUGUGCUUUAAACAAUGCUGAGAUCAGCGACUGGGAAUUUUUAAGCCAGUAUUGCAUUUAGAACGAGGCAGCUUCACACAUAAGCACACACAGACACUAUGUUUCUUUGCUAAGUUCCUGCUCAGGAAAGAACCUCAUAGCUGUAAGUGUAAAGAUUCUGUAUAUAGAGACCUUUGUAGAAGUAGCCAAAACAGCAUGCUUUCUCACUUCUGCUGUGCAUUUUACACCCACUUGGCAGAUAAAGAUGUGCUACAGCCAGCUUUGUCUUAUCGUAGGCCACAGCGUUCUCGCGUCUUGCCACAAGCCAUGUCGAGGCUGAUGUGCUUUUCAAACGUGUGCUGUACAUUAUCCUGUCCGGUACUACUGUUCCUUCUCCGCCCCCGCUGUUAAUGUGAGUUAUAUGACAAAAGAAACAAAAAACAAACAAAAAACAAGUUUUCAUUACAGUACAUAGCAGUUCUAUGCAUCCAAAUUAUUUUGUAGCUUUUCUUUUUCGGAUGGCGUCACGUCAUGUCAUCUUUGGUUUGAUGAUAACAUUUGUAAUUCAGAUAUUGACUCAAAUACUUCAUGCGCUGUCGUGACUCUGUUGUAAUUAGGGUAUCAUCACUUACUCUUUGUUGGCCUGUAUUGUACUGAGAUGUGCAACCACAUGUUUACAUUUAUUAUUUCUAUUAUUUAUUUAUUUAUUCAAAUCCUUAUGUUCAUGAUCAAUUUGCUUUUUCACUAUGUUUGUUUUCUUUGGCUCUUACAGUCUUUUUUUUUAUUAAAUCAUACAUUUUUAGCUUAUACUUGAUAAACAGUAAUAACAAUCUGUCCUUUCUUAUGGCUGGUCCCCUUGAGUAUUAAUAAUGAGCUACAGAAGGAAACCUCUGUAACCACUCUAGAGGAAUUAGAGCAAUAUUCCACUGGCUGCAGAAACUGUGAUUCCUGGUGUCCUUUCGAUACAGUCCAUGUACCUGUAAGUAGAAGUCUAUGGUCCUUGCCAACUGUCAGGCCCAUCAGGGCCAUUGACCCAUAUAGCCACUGACAUAUGGCUGCUGUCAAAUAUAUGUGUGUGUUUGUGGGUGGACUGUAAGCUCCCAUAGGAUUUUUUGUUUUUUGUGAAAACACACUAAAACAUUCUCUGGCCACUUGAAGACAGUAGCCACUUUGUCAGUGCAAUGACUUAAUUAAAGUGUAGUAUGUUGUAGCUUUUGCACAGCCGGUUUGUCUGAUCCCCCCCCGUUGUCAAGAGUAUUUACUGUGCACACCUCUCAAAUGAUAUGAAAUUAUAUAAUUCUCCAUUUGAAAUUAAAUGGGAAGAAAAAUAACUGAUUUACUAUAGAAUCUGAAGUUUGACUUUUAUUGUUUCAGUCUUUUCCUCAUAAAUGUCUCUUUCAAAUGUGUUUAAAGUAGAUUAGUCGAUACGUCGUUCGAAUUAUCUCACCAUUUUAUUUCUUGCAUUGUUUGGGAUGAAUAUUUCAUCUUCAAGAAGAUAAUCAGAAGGGUUUUUUUUUAAUGUGAAUAGAUUAUUUCAUGUAGUGUGUUCUGUUGUUUAGAUGGCAAAUAAAUACUGUUCAUAUACUGUUGCACAGUUUGAAGCAAUGCUUUUUUCCAAUACAUAUUCAUGAACCCUGUAUUUAAUAUUCCAUGUCUGGUCAUUUUGCCAUGCACUUACAGGUGUAUUUGUAGAUGUGAUGUUGCCAGGACCAGUGGUCAUCUGUAGGUCCUGUCCUGCAUUUGUGAGCUCUGUACUGUACUCCUUGACUGAGUUGAUGACUUUGAUGGUAAUAAAAUUGGAUUCAUCUGUUAA